AAGUUUCACUAUAGGAAAAUCUUAAACAUUAUAGUUAUACUUAAGGAAUCAGGAAUAGAACGUAUAUUAAAAAAAAACACAAUGUUUAAAUCGGUGGUGUUGUCUGCUUUAUUUGCCGUUGUCUUAGCUCGUCCUGGUCUAUAUGAAUCUGAGAAGUUGGUAUAUUCCGCACCUGCUUAUGCCUCGGUUGUACAACAAGAACAUGGUUAUGCUCAUGUUGGUUCUGUUGUAAAAUCUGUGCCUUCAGCUGUCUCUCAUCAAAGCCAAUCUGUGGUCCAUAGUUCUGCUCAUGUGGUAGAAGAUGUUUUGGCUCCUGCUGUCAAGAGCACCGAAUAUACAACAAAAACUUUAGUUGCUCCUGUAAUUAAAACUUAUACCGCUCCUGUUUAUGUUAAAACUGUUUCAGCUCCUGUUGUUUAUAAAUCUUAUGCCGAAGCUGCUCCAGUUUUGUAUAAAUCUUGGUAACGUGGUGUAAAGGAAACAAAACUUAAGAUAUUUUGUUAUGAUAUUGUGUAAUGAAUAAAAAUAAUGUGAUUCUUUUAAA